CAAGCGGCGUUACUCCAACGAUGGAAUCUGCCCCACUUCAUGUGUGCCUUCUGCCCCUUCUUCCAAACGGUCAGCGUAAACGUGUCCAUUUUCACCCUUACGGCCAUCGCUGUCGAUCGCUACAGGGCCAUUGUCCACCCACUCAGCGCCAGGCCGUCGAAGUUUCGGAGUAAGGUGGUGAUCGCUUCCAUCUGGCUCUUCAGCACAACCCUGGCUAUUCCCAACGCCAUUGCCCUUAGGGUUAUCUAUGUGGUGGACACAGCGACAGGCAAAUCUAAACCUUAUUGCGCCCCGGUGAACAUCGACACGGUGGUGAUGUGGGCUUACUCGCACGUGAUGGUCGGCCUCCAGUUCUUCGUCCCGCUCGGCAUCAUCUCCUUCGCCUACAUCAGGAUGGGCUGGGAGCUGUGGGGAGCGCAGACCCCCGGCAACGCUGAGGAUGCCAGGGACGCCCAUGUUCUGAAGAAUAAGAAGAGGGUGAUCAAGAUGCUGUUUAUGGUAGUGGCACUGUUUGCAUUCUGUUGGGCGCCGCUGCAGACAUAUCAUGUGCUUCAGGAGAUUUAUCCCGAUAUUAAUAAGUACCGCUUCAUCAACAUCAUCUGGUUCUGCUGUCACUGGCUGGCGAUGAGUAACAGCUGUUGCAAUCCUUUUAUAUACGCUAUUUAUAAUGAGAAAUUCAAACGUGAAUUCCGCCUCAAAUUCCGCUGGUUCUUCAAAGACGUUGGAACGACCGAGAUGAGCGACUUCGAAAGGUCGAGGUACCAGAUCUCUUUCAGGAACCCAGCUGAUCGUCAGGUAUCGACUGACCACCGGUUCUCCCGCACGGACGCCACCAUACUCAACGGCUCCACUAGGUCCUCCGUCAGGUCGACCCAGAGCACGAUGAUCCGCACCAGCUCAGCCUCUCACGGGCGAAGCAGCAACGGCAGUUCUCCAGGUGAUAUCACAGGACCCAACAUAGCUCAUCCCUACCAAGAGGUCCACGUCUGCGUCCCACUCAAGUCCCACUCGCAUCUGCACCCCGAGAUCUAUCGCUCCAAGAUGAGUGGGGAUACGAGGAUGUAAGAUGAGGGAGUGAGAGUGAGAGUGUAGGUGGCUCUUGGUAGAAUACUCCAAGUAGUACUUCAUACGACUCAAGUUCCUCUCAAGUCCCACUCGUAUCUACGCCCCGAGAUCUGCCGCCUCCGUGAUGAGAGAGGACACGAGUCUGUAAACGAGUGCUGGAGACUUAGUGUGAGUAGAUCACCCUUGGUAAGAUAUCUACGUCUAAUUACCUCUCAAGUCCCACUCGUAUCUGCACUCACAUCCACCGUGCCAGGGAGAGGGAGAGGGAGAGGGUAAGUGUCUCUCUCGAGUCCUACUCCCAUGUGCCACUCUAAGACUACCACUCCAAGAGACGUGUACAACGAGUGUUUAAAGUGAAAGAGUGUACAGGAAGGGAACGGCAUUUGCAAGGGAUUUGAUUCAGAAAAAGAAAAUACAAAAAAAAGGAAGAUUUAGACCUUCAAGGUUUUUAAGAUUUUUUGGAUGAAAUUGCUCUAGAAAUUUACAUGAAGCUUAGUGAUAACUUUGAAAAGUUUCUGUUGUGAAUGACAUCUAGGCAUGUUGAUCGGUAAAAUUGAUUUUAUAAAGAAAAUGAAUCAGUGCAAAAACAAGACCAUUAUUUACUGAGUGGGGUACUAACACACUGCACUGACUUGAUCGAAACCAGUGGCUGUCUUGAUUACCUGAAUGAUAAACAAAGAGAAAAUCAAAGAAAAAAACAUAUUGAAAAAUAUUAAUAUUCACACUCUCUUCGUCCUCAUCUUUUCAUGUGUCAUGUGUCACCAGUGUCAUCGCGCCACGACACAUAGCGUUCAGUGUCAUGUAACAGUGUCAUUGCAAAACACUACAGAUUUUUAAAGCUCCGAAAGACCUAUCCAUCUUGUGUGUACAUACUUUUUUAUUAUUAUUAUUCUUUUUUUAGGGGGAGAAAUAUGGUUUAAGAAAAAUACUUUUGAAUUAAUCUAUUUAUAAGGAAGAUGUGAUUCGAUGGUGCUUUUUCGAAAGACGCUCUUAGUAGAAGUAAUUGUGACUUUUGUAUGUAUCUCCAUUAGUCCAAUACUUGUAUGUGUGUUGAUAUAUGUUCAGACUUAAUACCUGUACCGGUGAGAUUACUGGUAUUCCUGGUAUUCCUGGCUUACUGAUGUAUCGGUGUAUAUGGUUAAGUAAGGAAUGUGAAAGUGUUUUAUCCAGGAACACAUGUUAUUCUAGAAAGUGAAUAUAUAUACUACCAUUGCUUUCGACUGCAAAAACUGUAUAUAUUUUAAUGUAAAUACUUUCUACUUAAUAAAAUAGACGAGGAAGUAAUAGGGUAAGUGGAAUGAAAUGUGACUAACAGAACGAAAUCAAGUGGUACUAACAUCAUACCUCUUGCGGUGCUGUGGAUUUACGUUAUGGAAAAAAUCGAACAAUUUUGACAAUGACUCUGUGAGACAGUGAUGUACAGGAACACUACGUUUAUACACUGAAAUGUAUACAAUUUAUUGAGGGAAAUGUACAGUGAGAUUUGUUUAAUCCUAUACAGAGAACAAGAGAGGAAAUAUGCUUAUAUGUUACGAGAAUCAAUCAUGUAAAACGGGAAAUGGAACGGUAAACAAUAAACAGCUGAGUGUUGACAAUCAUUUGAAUAAGGUAAAGUGAUACCAACAUUAGAACAAUUUGCUUUUUUCCUUUGUUUCUCUUAAAAUGAAACUUUUUUUUUUUAUGACAAACUGUGCUGCAUGUGUAAGUACUAAGGAAAAAAAUAUAUAUUUAAGACUUUUAAUGAAUACAAGAAUAUCAUUGUCUUUAUAUUUUCAUCGCCUGUGUUUAUAUCAAAUAUCUGAAAGAUAAUACGAAUGUUGAUUAACGAAUAAAGACUUUUGUAAAAAUAUAUUAGUUCAGACUUUAAGUGACGAAGAUAUAUGUAGUGUUUUUUAUCUUUAAUUAAUUCACUGCAGAACACCAGUACAUUAAUCUUUUUAAUCAUUUCCGAGCAUACAAAAAGGGGGAAACUUUUUCAUUUUAGCAACACACUUUUAUAAAUACAAAUACAACAUAUUCGAGUUAUAUAUUUCCAUGUCUAUGCCUUCAUCUGAACUUUAAAAAAAAAAAAUGUCUUCUUGGUGCUAAAAUGUUUAUUUGAUAUUUUCCAAACGAAACUAUACAUACGUUUACUUACAAAUCUAUGUACAUAUAAAAAUAUACACUUAUAUAAUUAAUUGAUAUAUAAUAUAUACAGCUAUAUACACUAACACUCACACACAAUACACAUGUAUGAUAUAAGUACACAUAGACACACGUAUACUGCACAUAGACACAAAUAAACAUACAUGUACACAGACACAUGUAUAAAUGUACACAUAUACUAAGGGGGUUGUGAUCUCAUACAAUAUAUUUUACUCAAGUCUCUAACUAUACAGAUGCUCAAUGUAUAACUAUAUAUAAGCUAUUAAUCAUAUCAUGCCCCGUUUGAUAAACUUCGUGUAUAUUUGAUAAUUGAUAUAAAAUUGACAUGUAGAAAAGAAUGACAAGGUUGUUAACAUGCUGUCAUAUAGAUUAGAUUUAUUGUGGAUAGAUCAAAGAUACUGUAGCGUUUUAUUAAUUUCAUUUUUUGGUCUUUUUCUCUUGUAAAAUACAUUUGGCCUUUAGUGUAUCACGUGUUAUAAGCUGUAGUAUUCCGAACGAACAAAAAUAAUACAAUACAUGA